CCUCAGAAGGGGUGGGGGGGAAGGAAAUCUUAAUUCUAGGAAUUCCUUUUUUUUUUUUUUUUUUUUUUCACUCCUCUCUACAAUGGCGACUUCAGAAGAGGUUGCCAGGAACAUGUUCAAAACGUAUGAUAAGAACGGCGACGGGAAGAUCUCCUUCGACGAGCUGAAAGAAAUCCACGCCGCGCUGGGGUGGAAUCAGUCGGCUGAGGAGGUGCGGAAAGCAAUGGCGGAGAUGGACAAGGAUGGAGACGGCUUUAUCGACCAGGAGGAGUUUAUCGCUUUUAACAAGGAAAGCAGCAGCAACGAGAACCAAGAACUGAAGCAGGCCUUCGAUAUGUACGACCUGGACGGGGACGGGGUGAUUACCGCCAACGAGUUGCAUUCGGUGUUGAGGAAGCUUGGGGGUAAGUGCACGUUGAGUGACUGCAAGAAGAUGAUCAGCCAGGUCGAUAAGAACGGCGACGGCAAGGUGAAUUUCGAGGAGUUUAAGAAGAUGAUGAACAAUGCCUGAGAGGGAAUUGAAGAACAACAAGUAGGUUUCGUAUAUACUUCAAUGUGUAUAAAAUUAGUCCAUUAUUUUUGCUCUUUUUUUAGGGUUUUCAUUAAGUGGUAAAGGGCGGAAUUUUUAGGACUUAAUUAGGAGUACUCUUUUUUGCUUUCUUCUAAUGCUAACUCGUACUACUUUUAGGCAAAACUAUAUUAACUCUCUUAAUUAAACUAACUUCAAAUUUGCUAUUGGUCCUUAGAUUUUAAUUAAUGCAUGAGUCCUUUAACUUUAUAAACUGAGCAAUUUAGCUCUUAAUUUUUUAAUGACGGUAAAAAUUAAAAGCUAAAUUGUUUAAAUUGUAGAGUUUAAGGGUUUAUAUGCAUCAAUUAACAUUUAGAGACUCAAUAGCAAAUUUGAGAUUAGUUUAAGGGCUUACUGUAUGGUUUUGCCCGACUUUUUACCAUUAGUUAUGAUUCAAUAAAUUUUCUUAGAAGUGUUGAAUCCUAAAUUCUUAAAAAAAUUAUCAUAAAAAAUUUUAAUAAUUAAUAAUGAAAAAUAACCCUUAAU